AGGAACAAGACACCAACCAUGAACUCCAGCCAGUCUGGGGGCUGCCCCUGCCAGGGCUCUGCAGGCCGCCCCGCUAUUCUGUACGCACUUCUAAGUCCCAGCCUCAGGGCCAGGCCCAUUGCCGCUUCUCCAAGCCACUGCCUGUGCCAGCAGCACCGUCCUGUUCGCCUGAGGGCUCCCCACCGCACCUGCCGGGAAGCCUUGGAUGUCCUGGCCAAGACAGUAGCAUUCCUCAGGAACCUGCCUUCCUUCUGCCACCUGCCCCAGGAGGAUCAGCGACUGCUGCUGGGGGUCUGCUGGGGCCCUCUCUUCCUGCUUGGGCUGGCUCAAGAUACUGUGACCUUUGAGGUGGCUGAGGCUCCAGUGCCCAGUAUACUUAAAAAAAUCCUCCUGGAGGAAGCCAGCAGCGGUACCCAGGGUUCCCAGCUACCAGACAGGCCACAGCCCUCGCUGGCUGCUGUUCAAUGGCUCCAGCGCUGUCUGGAGUCUUUCGGGAGCCUUGAGCUUGGUCCCAAGGAGUAUGCCUACUUGAAAGGAACCAUCCUCUUCAACCCAGAUGUGCCAGGCCUCCAUGCCUCUCGCCACAUCUCCCACCUGCAGCAGGAGGCUCACUGGGCCUUGUGUGAAGUCCUGGAGCCCUGGAACCCAGCUAACCAAGGCCGCCUGGCCCGAAUCCUCCUCAUGGCCUCCACUCUCAAGAACAUUUCCUGCAGCCUUCUGGUCGACCUCUUCUUCCGCCCAAUCAUUGGAGAUGUUGACAUCGCUGAGCUGCUGGAAGACAUGUUUUGGCUGAGGUGACCUGCAGAGUGGGUCCAGUGCUUCCAAAGGGGAGCUCAACUCCCCAGGAGCAGCCCUCACCUCAGCCAUGCCCCCAGCUUGGACUUCCUUGGUUUGGACACAGCGUACUAACUGCUUAAUAGGUCCUUAAUGGCCCCCAAAGUCUCUGGGCCAGGGGCAGAGAUGGGAGCAUGAAUGAGGCUGUACUUCAAGCCAGAAUUCCUCCUGACUUUGUAUAGAACUAAAUUAAGUUAUUGAUUUUUGUAAUAAAAGGUAUGACCUGCUGA